UUGAGCUCAAUAGAAACAUGUAUAAUUUUGAUGUUUUCAUUUAUGCUAGCGUUUUGUUUGUGAGGUAAAACAAAACAAGCUGAAUUUAUUCAAAAACUGCCCUGAUUUAACUACUGUUUUAUAUUUCUACAGUUCUUCUUUCAAUCUCUCAUUUUACGUUACGAAAAAGUUCGGGUCUUGAGCAUCAAAUUUUGUAAUUUGAAAGCUUCAAUUUCCAACUAGAAAUAUAUAGCCAGGAGACAGUAUGAGCAACCCUUGCUGUAUUUGUUUGGAGACUCAUGAGAGCCCAAAAGCUUUACUUUGUGGUCACUCGUAUUGCUCAGGCCCAAAAAAUUGUCUGCGUAAAGUUCUAACCAGUGACCCUAGAUGCUGUUCAAUAUGUCGAGAACCGAUUGCUGACAUCUUCAUAAGCGAAAACGACUUGUCGGUCAAUCACGAUUCGAAAGCCGCAAUUGAGGCAUCACAACAGAGCACAUCAUGUGCAGACAACCAAGCUGGACAGGAUGUUUGCAGUGUUCACAAAAAAGCGAAGAAAGUCUACUGCAACAACUGCUCGAUCUCUAUUUGCGAAGAUUGUUGGAACCAAAGCCAUCUAGAGCACUUCGUUGUUCCGAUCAACUCGUUACUCAAAGACUCAACUACAGCAUCAAACGAAUCGUGGAAGCAAGUUGAACAGUAUCAAAAUAAUUACAAGCGAUUGGUGACAAACUCUGUUGAUCUAAACGAGGAAAUUGUCUCUACUAUGGAAAUAAUCGAAAAGUUAACGGAACUGAAAAACAAAAUGCAAAACGCACAGAAUGUUCAAAAUUUCCAUACAUUCGAGAAGAAGUCUUUAGAGGAACUGAAUGAACAGAAAAAAGUGGUGGAUCAUAUCAAAUCAGGCAUUUCAGAAAUGUCCAACUCGUGCACUGCAGUUGAAAACAGUCUGAACAAAGCGAUUGACACUUUCAGUCAAAGCAAAAUUACGGGAAGUUCUCAGUUCACAAGAGCCUUGACCGGAAAAGCAACAGCGAUCGGUGUUGAAACUUGGCAGCUGAGAGAUAUUCGUAAAGGCAGUGCAACCACUUUCAAGUUUAGCAUACAGCAAUCUAAGUUUUCUUCGCAAACUCAAGAAGUAUUUGCGCUUGACGACGCUAGCGACGGAAUUUUGGUUCUCAAAGUUCAAGGAGAAUCUAUUGCAAUGGACCGUCGUAUGCGACUGUCAUUUCGAGGUGCUCGAGCGCUAGCUUUGAGCGGAGGAGGCACUCUGUAUGUCCAUUCUCAAGAAAAUAAAAGUAAAAGUGUGAGUGCGGUUGAUAAAGAAAAUGGAAGCGUAGUGAGGAUUUUGAAUACUUCGAAAGCAGACAAGGAUAAUAAUUGGUUCUUUCACGCUCAUGAAAAUGUGUUACUGGUGGUAGAAUGGAGACAGGAUCUAUACAAAUCUGUGCAUGUGUAUGAAAAUGAAGUUCAAAAAAGAUCACUUCAACUUGAAAUUUGUUUAAGUUUCAGGAACAGAUCAGUUUUAAGCGGAAGAGACUAUUUAUUACUGCAAUUAGACAAAGUCAGACUGGCAAUACUCGAUACAACCAGUCUGGAUCUAAAGUGAUUUUCAAAUCAAUCCAGUUGGAUCAAAUGACACAUAUCUUCUCGUUAGUGUGGGUAGCCAGAGGAGAUGAGCAGAGUGGGGAAGGAUAUCUAUUCGUAUCAGGCCCGAGAGAAGAUGCAUUCACGUCUCAUGUGUAUGAGUUGAAUGUGAAGAGUGUUGAGGAUGGUGCUCUACUGAAACCACUGCAGAUCCCAUUCAUGGACAAUUAUGGCUCUAGAAACAUUUACUUCGGAUGCGCAAUGGGAUCAGAUGCCAUUCUUUGUACAGAUUUAUGCGGCAAAAAUGAGUCCGAUUAUGCUGAUUUUCCAGUGAGUAUUUUAAAACUGGAGAAAACCAUCAAUCAAUGAAAUCAGACCGAAAAAAAACAAAUAUUCAAGGGUAUCAAAUCUAUUGUUCAGACCAUUGAAAAAGGUGAGGAACUUUGUAUUUGGAUGUGUUUGAGUUUUUUCUUGUUUUCCACAAAAAAAUCAGGUACUACAAAAAUCAACGGGCUGGGUUGGAUGAUAUAUCAUAUUAAGGACCUUUCAAUCGUAAUUCGAACAAAAAUUUUUAUAGUGUCGAGAAACUUUUGAUUUUUGCAUAGUGCUAAGGCGUUCACUUUGGAAUCGUCAGAUCGUGUUUUCGAUACCAUGCCAUGGCAAUCAUAGUGUGGGAAGACGAGAUCUCACUUGACCUCUAGCUUCAGGGCUACCACAGCCUGACCAAUUACGGUUGAAAUAGUGGUACCACGUGAAAGUUCUGAAUGCAAAAAAACGGCCUUGCUUCGCAAAAAAGAGGUUCUCUCCACAAAAUUACACAGUCUGGAAUGUGGGAGAUCAUACAAAUGAACUAUUGUCGGCAUGCCUGUUAAGGCCUUCUGAUAGCUCCUCUGCGAUUGGCAUAAACCCCAUCAUUAUUAUAAUAUCCAACGGGUGAGCAGGCUUUUAUUAGCUUAUUUAUGCGUAAACUCAGCCUUUAUGUAGUUUUCAGCGUCUUAUUGGAAAUUUUA